GCUAUCAAGGGUAUGCGCAAGUAUGAGAGAAGAGUAAAGGAACUGUCCUAUCAGACUGAGGAAGACCGCAAGAAUGUUUUCAGGCUCCAGGAUCUGGUAGACAAACUACAACUGAAAGUGAAAGCUUACAAGAGACAAGCUGAGGAGGCUGAGGAACUAUCCAAUGUCAACCUCACUAAGUUCCGCAAGAUCCAGCACGAGCUGGAAGAGGCUGAGGAGCGGGCUGACAUUGCAGAGUCCCAGGUCAAUAAGCUCCGGGUGAAGAGCCGCGAGGUUCACAAGAAGAUUGAAGGAGAAGAGUGAGGAUGUCUCCAUGCUGCAAAGUGACUGAGAAAUGCACAAAAUGUGAAACUCUCUGUCACUUUGCUUUGUAAUUAUUGUUUAUUCUGUCCUCAGUGUCUAGGAAAUAAAGAUUGUAGAGCGCUUUGCAUACAAAGAACCA